AUGUCUGAAGAAGUUAAACCAGAAGUUGUAGCUCCAGCCGAGCCAGUUGCCGAAAAACCACAAGGCAAGAAGAGAGAGAAGAAGCCAAAACAGCCAAAGGCCCCAGAACCACCAAAAGAAGUUUUUGAUCCAGCUUCUUAUCUUGAUAUCCGUGUUGGCAAGAUCAUCCAGAUUGAACCACACCCAGAUGCUGACACACUCUACAAGGAGGAAAUCGACAUUGGUAAUGGCGUUGUAAAGCACGUUAUCACUGGCGUUCGUAACUUUGUUCCAAUCGAAAAGAUGCAGGAUCGCCAUGUUGUUGUUUUCUGCAACAUCAAGCCAUCAAAGAUCCGUGGACUUCCAUCAGAAGGUAUGGUUUUCGCUGCUUCCAACGCUGACCACACAAUUGUCGAACUUCUCGACCCACCAGCUGAGACACCAAUCGGUACUCGCGUCCUCUUUGGUGAUUUCUGCAAGACAGAACCAGUUCCAGUUGAUACAAAGGGCAAGCUUUGGAAGGAAGCCGGACCACACUGCACAAUCGAUGCUGAUGGAUUCGCCUGCUACAAGGGUCAGCACCUUACAGUUCCAGAGGGCAAGAUCUCUGUCCCAACUCUCAGAAGCUGCGAAUUCCAUUAA